CAGAAUCAUCCACCGGAAACAGCAUUUCAACAACAACAGCCACAGUCACAGCAUCAUCCUGCUGCGCCUCCCAUCGUAUCACCACAGCAACGACAGACACUUUCCCAGCAACAACAGCCACAGCAGCAGCAGCAGCAGCCACACCAAAAUAAUAUAUGCAGCGGAGUUGAUUUCAGACGACGCCGCAACUGGUCCGAACGCAUCCUGAACGAAAUCGCGGGUCUUUUGCAUGUCCUGUCGCCGGUCGGCAAGAUACUGCACUGCUCGCCCUCGAGCGUCGAGCUGACCGGCUACGCACCGGAAGAGCUCAUCGGCCGCUCGCUUACCGAAUUUCUCCACGUGGAUGACAUUGACAUUUUCAUCCGCGACUUUCACCGCGCCUUCCACACGCGCUCGCAGAUUAAAAUCAUGUACCGAUUCCGGAAAAAGGAUCAAAGCUAUACCCUGUUUGAGACAAUUGGCCAUCCACGCACAGACGUGCCAGGACAGCCGCCCGGUUCAUUCUUUGCUAUUGCUCAGCCUUACCCCACUGCCAUGGACAGCUUGUUUGAUUCGUUCUUGGAACUCAAGAUGGAAAAUGAGUGGCUCAAGCAACGGUUGCGUGAAAUCCCCGUUGACGUGCCUGUCGAGCCUGUGUUUAAUCUCGAUCAUAUCAAUAGCAAUACUGGUUCUGAUGUUAUUGUGGGAGCAGAAAAGCAGCAGCAGGAUAAAUUGUUUAGUAAUGAUGGAGGAUAUACGGGCAAAAGAGGUGUGACCGAAGAAAGCACGACAACAACAACAACGAGUAGCAGUACAACAAGCAGUGUUGCUGCUGGAAACAACAACAGUUUAUGGCUGAGAGAUGAUGCAGUGAUGAAUGUGUACAGCAGUAACAAUAGCAAUGCCAGCUCGGGCAACAAUAGCAAUCGUGUUCGGUCACCAGCACCACCACCACAACAACAACAACAACAACCUUCAAAUCCAGCGGCAGCGGCAGCAGCUGCAGCUGCAACUGCUGUCGGAAUGGUGUCAACGGGCGUUGUGGAUAUGACGGAAACAACGGCAGCAACAACAAAAACAACAGGCGAAUUGAUGAAGGAUAAGUCAAAGCGAAGGAAGAAACAAAGAGGCGCGGAUGAAUACGUGUGCACUGACUGUGGGACUGCCACGUCUCCCGAAUGGCGUAAGGGCCCUCAUGGUCCAAAGACGCUGUGCAAUGCAUGUGGAUUACGAUGGGCAAAGAAAAGUAAGAGAAAGGGUUUAAGUACGGACUAGCGCAACAACAACAACAACAUUAAAAGAAAAGUACACACACACAUCACAUCACAUCACAUCAUACACACAACACAUACAACAUUACAACCACCACCACGACCGAAAAACAACAACCCCAUUAAAGCCGCCGCUGGGACAGUCAGUAAUUUGCAUUUAUUCCUUUCUUCGACAUCAAACAGCAUCCACUCUCACCUACUCUCUCACUCAUAACCAACACCAUUGUUUCCUUCGUUCUCUCUCUCUCUCUCUCUCUCUCUCAAUCUGAUUUUUUUUAUCUCCUGUCUCGGCAAUUCCUAAAAAAGAGAAGAAAAAAAGAAAAGUAAUAAACGUAAACUUUCAGCGAGGGUUUGUUCCAUCUU